AUGGCGAAGAGCUUGAGGAGUAAGUGGAAAAGGAAAAUGCGGGCUGAAAGUAGAAAAAAGAAUGCCCCAAAGGAACUCAGCAGACUUAAAAGUAUUCUUAAAAUAGACACUGAUGUUAUAAUGAAAGAUGUUCAAGAGAUAGCAACUGUGGUGGAACCCCAAACAAAAAAAAAAAAAAUUGAAUGUGCAGUAAAGGAUGAAAAAGAUGACAUGAAAAUGGAGACUGACAUUAAGAGAAACAAGAAGAGUCUCCUAGAUCAGCAUGGACAGUACCCUAUCUGGAUGAACCCCAGGCAGAGGAAAAGACUGAAGGCACAGCGAGAGAAAAAGAAAGGCAAAAGCAGAGCAAAAGCAGCAAAAGCAGCUAAGGGUUUGGCAUGGUAGCCUCUUAAAAUAUUGAAAAGUACCAUAUAGGACAGUUCUUUGAUAAAUGUGUACACGGAU